AUGGAGGCUGGCUAGUGAACUACAUGGCGCAGUUCCACGAUUUUUUACUGAAAUGGCCGGAUUUGAUGAUAACUACCGGUUGCCUUGUGUACAACGGGACAUGCGAACAUGCAGUGCAGUGAUUUGUGCAAGAAAAGAGCGGUGAUGUCGUCGAUAGUCGAGGUUGCAAGAAUCACCAUGGCAGCAGAUAUUCGUGAUACUUUUUGUCAAUUCCCGCCUUAAUGAGGAUUAUCAGUCCCUCGCCAUUAUGUUACAUAUGUGGCAUUUAUAGAAAAACGCAAGAAAUCAAGCAUGUGACUAAGGGCAUUGCCUACCUUUUUUUUGAUAAUAGAAGAGUAAAUAAAAACAAAAUGCAUCCCUAAUAGUUGAAUAACAGUGUGAAGAUGACAGGACAUCAAACCUUAGCAGCUAACGACUCUAGAGAACCUGACGUGCAGCUGGAACGAGCAGCUAGUGUUAACCAGCACGUCCUAUUGCCGUGUGAAGAGAACCUUUUGCAUCCCUAACAGAACUAAGUUGGGGUGGAGGCAGUUGAUAACCCAAUGUGGAAUAAAGUGCUACACAUAAGUUACCAAGUCGUCUAAGAGAUAAUAUUUUAUGACCGAUGCAGCUAAAGCCGUCUGAAUGGCAGCUAGAAUGUAGCUCAUCACAACAGUGGCAUACUUGUUGUUGUUAUUGUUAUCUGUGGAAAAAAUGUCUAGUUUAAUAUUUUGGUAAGAUAAAAUAGUAUUGAGAAGAAAAAAAAAAUCAGGUGAAGAAAGUACUGGUGAUUAGAAUCCACCAACUAACGUAAAUACGUCAAGGUUCUUCAGGUAGAAAAGUCUGUACGAGAUUUUGUACCUGAGGAGUGUUACCAUAUCAUUAAUUUCUAAGUCAUUAUCUUAAGUUGCUUCUGGGUGAAUCGAGGUGCCCAGUGUGUUGAAAGUUACCUGUGAAAGAAAUUUGGCGAGUAUAAACCAAGUUUUGGCUAACAAAAGCCAUGCAUUAUUUGCCAUUUGUCUUUUGGAUGAUAAAGAGUGCAUGAAAUAAUAUGGAAGUGUCCUCAAACUAUUUGAAAAGAUAAAAAAAAUAUUAAUGUUUGAUAAUCGAAAUUGAUGUUGAAAAAUUUGAUUGAAAAUCUCUGUGCCUCUUAAGUUUAAAUUUUGAAAUUAAUUUUGAUUGUAUGAAAGCCAUAAAGGCAGUUUCAACGUUGUCCCCAAAGUGUUGUGUUGUGUCGUGGUGGAAGUUACUUACCAAGAUGUCGCAGAAUAAAGUCCGAAGUUCUGGCUCUCUUGCCAGCAACGACGACAUUGUGAAGGCUGGAUAUUUGAAGAAGCUAAAGGACAGUGGAGUCGGCUUGGCUCAGGAGGCCAUGAGGAUAUUAGAACCUUGGACGAUGAAGAAGAAGUACUUCGUCCUCCGGCGCGAGACGGGGCCCGACAGUCCCGCCCGCCUCGAGUACUAUGAUUCGGAGAAGAAGUUCAAGGCGGGAGCCCAGCCCAAGAAAACGCUAAUUCACGCAUCUCUGCAUAACGCGGACACGUUAAUUAACGAAUCCUCCCUCCGCGCACCGCCACCCUGCAGACCCAUCAUCCUGCGCACGUGCUUCUGCAUCAACCGCAAGAAGGACCCGAAGCACAGCCACGUGAUCGCCCUCUACACCAACCACGACUCGGUGAGCAUGGCCGCCGAGUCCGAGGACGAGUUCAACGACUGGCUGGGAUUGCUGAAGCACUACAUGCACCAGGCCGACGGACAGUCCAGGAAGCUCUAUGAGCAUGUGUGGAUGGUGGAGAUCCUGCCCAGAAGCCUUGGCAGCAGUAAAGGUAUGACGGGAGAGUAUCACAUCUGUCUGACUUACAAGUCGAUCGCUCUCGUGCGGGUAGGAGAGAAUCAGAAGAAAGUUGAGUUCCCGUUAAACAGCAUCAAGCGUUGUGGCCACACAGGCUCUUUCUUCUUCCUGGGGCUGGGGAGGUCAGCAGUCACUGGCGCAGGAGACAUAUGGAUGCUAACGGAAGAUGCUGUCAUUGCUGAAAAUAUGCAUAGUAUUAUUCGCGGAGCAAUGCAUGCUCCUUGUAGUGAAGACCUAGUGCCCAAAGAACGGGUACGAACCCAUUCAAUGUCAAAUCAACUUUCAUUUGACAGUAAGGAAGACAUAUUUUGUAGUGGGCAGUGCCUGUCGCGUUACCGAAGUGACAGCAUGCCCUCCCGGAGUCGCACAAGUAGUGAAGGAUCUAUGCAGACUGGGCCUAAUAAGCUUCCGCGAAACUGCAGUCAUCAGAUGGAUGGCCCACACCCGGGAUCUGUGUGUCUUCACCCCAUCACUCGGCCUAAAUCAAUGUACUCCUCAUCUCUCUCCUCGUCAUGCUCUCCGCCUUGUCCUUCUGCUUUGUUCAGUCCCAGCUCAAGUGAGUCCAUGGAGUCAACUGCAUCCGUAGAGGACUUUGAUGGCCUGCAUUCUCAUACUCCGGAAACUGCUGUUGAUAACUCCAAUGGUGAGGAGGAUUAUAUGCCAAUGGAGGCUGGCUUGGAGAGCAACACGAGCCAGCAUCGGGACCAUCCACAGCCUCCCUUCUCCCUCCCCUUUGGCAGCAUGCGGAGUUAUGUUCAUUCCCUAAGCAAAGGUCUCAUCUCUCCUUUAAGUGUUAGCAGCACGGAAGGUCCAUGCCUCUCAUCUCCUCAAGAUCAGUACUUGGUGAUGUUAAGCCCCCAAGAGCGUGCACAGGAAGGCCAAUUUGGCUCAAUGUCAGACAGGUCAACAUAUCUGUGCAUGGACCGUACCCCCAAUCAGCCUUCAGCAAGUUCAGGUCCCGAAAGCUCUGGGUACUUGCCCAUGGCGCCGCUCAAUUCCCCUGUAUCAUCCCUCCCGGCCUGGCAAUCACACCCUUCUAGUCAGGUAUCAUCACCACCCCAUUCUGCCAACCAUUCUCGCAUCCCCAGUCUAGUGGAUGAAAAUACUGAUAGUUACCUCUCUAUGGUGCCUGGAGGACACGGAGAUGCCACGACCACCUCUAGUGACACUUACGCUCGAGACCGCUCCCGCAGCUACCUCGACAUGACUCCUACACCUGCUGUUCCUACACCCAUCCCAUGUAGCCCAUCUGAUGGUAUGGUUCAACACAGAGGAGGAGGUGACUCUUUCCCUGAGAUGUCCCCCGGAAGCAGCUGUUCCUUCACCUCAGGAACUCCCUCCUCUGACCAUCGCCUUCAUGAUUUCAUAGCUGAGAAGAGUGGAAAUGGGUCCUACUGUGGUUAUUCAGAAGAUGAUGACUCCUCUCUUGACAGACCUCACAGAACCAAUUCUGUUGGUUCUAAACCUGAACAAUUCCGAAGUCGUAAAAAUAGACUGGAGGUGAGCCCUGCUGAACCUGCCCGUGUACGAGCCUUCUCUGUGGGGUCACGAGUGAGCCUCAGGCUAGCAGGUGGCAGAGCCGGCCAGGUGGCAGGUGGCACAGCAACUGCCACUUCUGCCUCUGUCACCGAGUUCUCGCCUUCUAUUAAGGAGAAGGGAAAACAAGUGAAAAGCAAAUCAUCAAGCGCGCCAAUUUUGGGGACGUCGCCUAUCUCCAACUCGUGGUCAGGGACCCCUGGGACGUUUUUCCGGGGCUUCCUCCAAGCACGGAACCAGGAGCGGAACAAUGACCUGAUGGAGUUUGACUUCACCAAGAACAAGAGUUGCGAUAGUAUGUCUGCUGAGAAGGAGAAGAAGAGCAGCAGCAUAGAGAGCAUUAAGAGAACCUUCACAGGACAGAGACAUCGUUCCAAUUCCAAGUCCUCAGGGAAUGGCAAAUCUUCAGUUUUUGAUUCUAUGAAAAGAGACAAAAAGAAAUCAGAAAGUGAGUUGUCUGCCAAGGGUAUGGAGAUCCCGGAGGGAAAGAGUCCUUUUGAGCUUGAUUUUACACCAAGUCCUCGUGGAGGUGGUUCAGAUGUUUGCGAUGGGUACUUGCCUAUGAAUUUGAGGCCUGCGGUCUCCAGUGGUCAGUCCUCUGCAAACUCUGAAUACCUUGAAAUGAACAGCAAAGAUUUAUUUACGGGACAUGGUUUAAAUGACCCAUACUUAGAUAUGUCUAAAAGCAGUGACAGAUUAGUUUCCUCACUGAGUACCUCAGGGCCAAACGAUGGUUAUGUGGACAUGAGUCAAGGCAAAGGUCUGGGGACGCUUCCUCUCACACCUGCAUCCUCGUCCUCCACAACUUCCAACAGCUCAUCUUCCAUUGGUGCUAGAGUCAGAAAGAUUUCGUCCACAUUUAAUCCAUUGUCUUCCCAAGACUUUUCUUCACAGCAGGACGAGUACAUGCCCAUCGACCUCCGUGGCAGUUUUGAAUCUUCCCAUUCUCUUGAUGGAGAGAAGAGUAAGAAAAAGAAAAGCAGUAAGAGAAAGUCUUUUAAGGACAGCACCAAACGCAAGAAAUCAGACCCAAUAGCAGUAAUGGGGAAGGGAAGCGAUGGGGAGAAUACCCAGGAAAGUAGCAAAAAAGGAACAAGUCCCUUAUCCUCUCUCUCAACCUUCCUAGGUCGGAAGAAUUCCUCAGGCACCCCUCCUAAGACCCCGCUUUCACCUACUAGUAGUCCACUUCCCAAGUCCAGUCGAGGAACGCCUAGUCCAUUUUCGAGUCUAACACGCAAGAAAAGUGAAAGUAAGGAUAGUAGUAAAGAUGGAGCAGCAAAGGAAAGUUCUGGGGUCUCAUCAAGUGUAAGCUCAGGCAUCGGCACAAGUUGCAUUAGAGAAUCGAGUAGAGAAGCAGAGGAGAGUGCCAUAUCAGGUGAUAGCUCUAGCGUCGCCUCAUCCUCACAGACAGUUCCUAAUAGUGGUGACCAGCUGAAUAAACAAACUAACAGCAACGGGGGUAGCAAGAGAACUUCAGGGAUAUUUGAAACAUCUCAGGCAGACACUAAGCUGGAGGAAAAGCAGAAAAAUACAGGCUUAGAGUCAGGUAACACUGAUAUUUCUAUCAACAGUCAGCAGCAACAUUCAAAUAUUAAUAGCAAUGAUAUGGGGGCAUAUGUAAACUUAUCACUUGGCAGCUCAGAUAAGAAUUUAAUUGUAGAGAAUAAACAACGAAAAGUAUCCACAGGUUCAGUAUCAUCAGACUACAUGAAUGUUUCUCCCAUGUCAGCAUGUAAGACACCUGAGGCUCCAUCUGACCCUCAUCAACCACGCGAGUAUGUGAACAUGUGCCCAGGAGGUCGCCCAGAGCCACUCAGCACCUCUCUGAUUCCACCACAGCCUGCAUCUAUGCCAGGCACGGUUUCUCCUAAGAGGAAAACCAGUCUUACAUCGAAGGGUGAAUCUAGCGAAAAAAGUAGUCCCAGUUUAGGAUAUGGGGGUUCUAGAGAUCAGAAUCGUCGUGACAGUAAGCGGUUAAGCGGCAGUAAUUAUGGAGAAGAGAACGAUGGUAGUAGUGGGGAAAGUGGGUAUUUGUUAAUGACCCCUGGACAAACCCCGCCGAAACCUGUUUCUCCUCGCACAGUAACUCGUCGACCAGACAUUCCCUCAGCUCUCCUUGGUGGCCGUCCUGAUGCCAGCCUCACUGCCACCUUGGAGCGGCUAAACUUAGGCAGCUCUGGAGGUAGUGCCACGAGUGAAAGGUGUCGGAGUCACAGUGGCCCAGGUGCCCCUGAGAGUUCUGCAGUAGGUGGCGAGGUGCGGGUAAAAAAACAAUUGUCAGAACCAAGAGCUGGGUCAGGGAGCCAAGGGAGUAGUGGUCGGGCAGCAUCAGCAUGCUCAUCACCUGUGUCAUAUUCACCGCCCACAUCUCCGACCCUAAGAGGUUCUGUAUCAUCUGUAUCAUCUGUGUCAUCGUUAAGUGAAGGUGCUCUUUCUUCAGCAUCUUCCACCUGCACUGUGGUUAAUGUGGGUGUUGGACGGCGGGAGAGUGGGCUUGGGGGGUCAGGCCGGGCCCAGGAGACGCCGGUUGAUUCUGCAUCCCACACUAGUGUCUCCUCUUCCUCUACCAGUCAGCAGUCGACUUCAACAGCUAGCAGUGGCUGCAGCAGUGGAGACAGUGGACUAAAUUAUGUCUCGUUGGAUUUAGCCCCAGCUCGAUGUGAGGGUGUGAUGCCUUCACCGCUAGCUGGCCGCCGGUCUACAAGUGGGGCUGGAGUUCCUCAUACUGUGUGUCUCCAAGAACCUGCAGUUGGGGAGGAAGACGAACCCCUCAGUUAUGCUCAAAUAGACUUCACCAAGAGUGAGGGUUUGCGUACUACCUCCCUUACCCGUGACAAACGACACUAACAUCCCCCACCUCAUUUACACAUGCCUCUCCCUUUGCUCCCACACCCACGCAAAUCAAAACUGUAUAGAUGAUUUAUAAGAUUAAGUACAUAAGUUAAAUAAAAGUAAAAACAUGUCAGUAUGA